UUUUGCCUAUGAUGCGCCGGGAUGAUGAUCAGACCUCAUUCUGUCUGGAAUUACUGUGUUCUCUUCCAAAAGAAACUUUUGGGACCCUCGGUCGAAGCGCUCCGCCAUAAAAUAAGAAAGAGAGAACAAGGGGAGCAUUAAUUUUCCCUCCAAAACCCUAGCCAUUCCAAAAUCUCUCUCUCUCUCUCUCACAGGCAGGCUAGUGUCAUAGUGUGGGAGGGCAAUGGCGGGUUCGCCUGCUCGCCUGGAAAACAGGCUCUCGCUGCUGUCGGGUCCAGUGGUGGACGGAAUCUGCCGUUCGGACCGCUGCUCGCACCCCAGAUUGGAAUCUGAUCAGUUGGCUUCCGACCUCAUCUCCUCCAUGGAAGCGCUUGCCCACCAACUUGUCUUCUCUAUCCUGGAAGAGAACCACCACCAGACCAUCGAUAACCCCACGACCCACCUCACUAACUUUCCAGAGGUUAAUUACCGGAGGAGCAUUCAAGGGUACCCAUGGUGCCCCUACCAGGAUUUUCGAGUAACAAAACCGGUUCAAAACGUCUCGAAGCCGGCUCUUUCGUCGGCUCGCUUGCUGGUCAGACCGGGACAUCUUCAGCUCAAAGUGAACGGGCUCGUGUCGCCGAGACUCGGGAACCAGAGCCGGGGGCUGCCGUUCCGGGUGGUGGGUUCGGGGGCGAGCGGUUUCAUCCGAGAAUCGGGAGGCACGGGUGUUUUCUUACCCCGCGUCGUUCGCAGUGCGGAAGCUUUCUGCAAUUGGAAGCCGAACAUUCAAGGGCGGCUUCCUUCAGCACAGGGAGGAGGAGAAAUGGGGAGACAUGUUGGCCCACACAGUCCCCAGAGACCGCGGGAACUCUUGUCCCCUGAUGUCGCCCUGCCCGCUGAGUGGACCUAUUGAUUUCUAGCUUUCUUGCUGGGCAUGAUGGAGACUUGGGAGUUUAGUUUCUUCUGUUUUUCUUUUCUUUUUCCUGAAAGCAGAGCAAGAAAGAGGUAAAUUUUGAAGGAUAGAAGAGAUAACGAUGCCGGUUUUUUGCUGUAUGCCUGUAGAAAGGAAAAGCUCUUCUGCUGCUGCUGCUGCUGCUGCUCUGUUUAGCCUUUUGAGUGAUGUUAUUAUGUACAUAGUAUCAUAAAUGGUUUGCCCUUUUC